AUGGCACUUCUCCAGAUCCACUUAGAACCAACACGAGCUAAGCUGGAAGCAGCUUGUGGGCGUCAAGAAAUUGUUCCACUUGCCGGUCAAUUUAUUGAAGGAAAGUUAUCACCAUCAUCCACAAGUUUAAAACCAAUUUGUGCUGCAAGUCAAGCCAUUGAAAUUGAGUCCGCUCAUUUUGUAGAAAAUAUGACGAAAUUCUAUAACAUGUUAGUUGAAUAUGAAGAAACAAAAAAUGAAAUGAGAUUAAAAGAGCAAGAGAAACUUGAAGCGUUAUUUGAACGGAACGAUCUUAUUUCACUAAAUAUUCGUGGUGAAGUUCUUUAUACCUCUCGUUCGACCCUCGUUCGUAUACACGAUACAAAAUUAUCCACAAUAUUUGAAGAUAAAAUGAGCGUGGAGGAGUUAAAACAAGAUGGUGACGGGCACAUUUUCUUUGACUAUAACCCAAACUUGUUACGUGAACUGUUGACAAUAGUUGCUGAUUGUCCAGACGAUCAUGACGAUAGACGCAAUGGAUUAUUUCGUUCAUGCUCUGAUGAACUGAAGAUAUUUGCUCGUGAAUUAGGCUUUCAGGAUUAUUAUAUUGACGGUAGUCAAAAUUCAACCGAACGAUUUUCGAAAGUAAUUGGUUAUGGUGCUGUUUUAACUCAAGAUAAAUGUUGUGCGAGUCAUACAAACAAAUGUUGGUGGAAUCAGAGUCACCCAAUCGUCAUAGGUAAAAACUUGUACACUCAGGGUAUUUCUCGUCUACAAUUAUUUGUUGCCAAACGUCAUAGUCGUAUGUUUAUCGGUAUUGUUUCAUCAUCGUUUGUUAAACAAUCUUCUUUGGAUGACAACAAUUAUUCUUAUCCGUCUAUUUAUGGUUGGAAUGACAAUUCACUCAUAUUCAAUGGUUAUGAACAUCCACACAUUUCAAAUGUUGGUGAUUUUCUACGAGAAGGCGAUACAAUAGAAAUGGAAAUAAAUUGUUUAGACAAAACAAUUUUAGUUUUAAACAAACGAUCUCGUCGACAUUGUAAAAUAUUAGUCGAUAUCAAUCACUGUCCAUUUCCAUGGAUGUUACGUAUUCGACUUUUUCAUUCUAAUGAUCAAAUUUGUCUAUUAUGA